UCAAGAUGUCUAAUGUGUCGUUCGGAUUACAAAGUUUUGUGUUCAUAAUUUCUUUGGUCAUUGCUCUAGCUGGCGAUGGUUUUACAAUAUACCUCGAUGGUGGUGGGGAAUUUAAAACCUUAGGAAAGGAUCUGGCUGCGCUCAAAGAUGACGUAAAUGAAUUACGGCAAUCAUUAGAUAGCAUAGAGAAGAAAAUUAACGGUCUAACUACUCUGAUGAAUAACUUGAGCAAAGACUUGCAAACAAUGAAGGAUAAUGCACGGGGUUCAGGAAAGGCUUGCACUGUGAAAAUGGCAAACGAGCGUUCUCUCUCUAAGCCACAAGAACUGUUACCGAGCGCGCCGCCACAUAUUUACCCUAGACGCACUUGUUUCACAUAUUACCCAUAUGACCCAUUAAUCGAGCGGUUUCAAAAUUACGAGUAA